AUGACACUGCGCAUUAUCUGUUUCCUCAUAUUGAGUGCUGCGAUGUGCCUGAUCCAGCCCACAACAGGUUCAGCUUUAACUUUUAACCGUCCAUGUCUUAAGAUUAGAGGGUCUCGAAAAGUAUAAGCGUGUUUAGUGGGGCGUAAAGAUCUCUUGUUAUAGUUGCUUUGAAGUCUGAUGAACGGUUAUAUCCCGCUAAAGUGACAAGUUUUACCCUCGCACGUACACACAAAAUCCUCCCCACCUCAACCAUAGUACAGGGGAGACGGGCUUUGAUGCGGGCUGUCUCUCGAGUUGGUGAUAUGUUGUUGAAGUAUUUCGAAAUUACUUUACCUUCAUUGGAAAGCCUUUGGUCUUCUCAAUCGAUCUCUACAAGAUAGAUGAGAUAUAUUUUGUGGCUCAUUUUGUCCGCUUUAUGGGCACCCGCUUAAUACGGACACCUCAAUAUUACGGAGAGUUUGUUUUGUCCCUGAGGAAAGAAAUCCCGAUCCGGCCCUUACAUUUCUCUAAAUUCAGUAACCUUUCUAUGCCGCCCUCAGUGUCCGUAUUAAUAGGGUUUAACUGUGCAGUCAAACCCACCUUAAGGACAACUGAAAAUACGGACUCCUCAUUAUUACGGACAGUUUGCUUUGUCCAUUGGGAUAGAGAGUUCUUACAUUUUCUCUAAAUUCAAUAACCCGCUUAAUUCGAACACCCCGUCAAUAUGGACACUUUCUACGGCCCUUUCAAUGUCCCUAUUAAUGUGGUUGAACUGUAAUGUCAAAUUCCCGCCUGACGGACAUCUGCUCAAUACGGACUAAUCUUUAUUACGGACAGCUUGCUUCGCCGCCUUGGGAAGGAAAGCCUAACAUUUUCUCUAUAUUCAACCAGCUUACAGCAAUGCUCCAUCACACGUGACCAGUAAAUGCCGACAAUUCAAGAAUACGGACUUCUCAUUAUUACAGACAGUUUGCCCUACUUUUUCUCUAAAUUCAAUAACCCGCUUAAUACGGACACCCCGUUAAUAUGGACACUUUCUACGGCCCCCUCAAUGCCCGUAUUAAUGGGUUUUGACUGUACUGUCAAAUACAGCCUUAUGGACACCUGCUUAAUACGGACCCCUCUUUAUUACGGACAGCUUGCUUCGGCCCUUGGGAAGGAAAGCCGUUACAUUUUCUUUAUAUUCAGCCAGCUUACAGGCCUGUAACAAGAACACCCCGUUAAUACGGACACUUUCUUGGCCCCUUAAGGGUCGGUAUUAAUGUUGUUUGACUGUACAUUUUCAUUCUCUUGAUAAACUGAUAUUUUCUGAUGCAGGUAAACAUGUUGGAAACUAUUAUUAUUACUACUAUUGUCAUGGAAAACCCAAUGGCAAUUACAGAGAUCCUGAUACUUGUUAUGGUUACAUCGCAUGCUCCAAUGGGAUUCCAUACAAAAUGCCUUGUCCAGCAGGCCUGAUGUACAAUGAGAAAAAAGAUCAAUGUGACUACCCCAAAAACGUGCAUUGUCGUAAGUAUUAAGCAUCCAUGUACAUAAUUAUAAAGCAUACAUUGCAUAUAUACAUGUACAUGUAUACCAUUUCAAAAGAGCUUCCUCGGGAAUAGUAAUAUACCGUGACGUAGGAUAUAACACAGUGAUAAACAACGGUCGAAAAGCAGUGAACGGGAAGUAAAAACUUACAUUGGUUGACUAAGGCCCCUAAAUCAGUGCCCCUCACUCCCCGUCCCCCCCCUCACCUCACCUCCCUCCUCCCCCAUAGGGUUACGACAGAACUGUAACAUUUAUUCUUCUUGACUUUUUUUUUCAUUUUACCAUUUGAUUUUUGAUGUCAUUAUGUAAGAAAUAAGGGCCUUGAAAUAUGACAGUCUGGCAUCAGUUUUUUCUAACAAUUAGAGCUCAGUAUGCAGACUUUCAAAAAAACUUAUUCGCCUGAUUUCCGACUAAAAUGUGCGCUCUGCUCGCUUAGAAACUCGUAAGGUCUACUUGUACGUAGUCUACUCUGCACGCAUGCGCCGGUGUCUUCGGAGCUUUGCUAUGAAAACAUAGAAUAUUCUAAAGACUGUACUGAUGUAUCAACUUAUUUCUCUUGUAGCAUGGCCAUGGGUAAACAUUUGUCAUGGUAAACCUGAUGGACACUACAAAGAUCCUGACAAUUGUUAUGGUUACAUCGCAUGCGUAAAUGGGAUCGCACAAAAAUUUCAUUGCCCUUAUUUCCUGCGUUUCAACCCAAAGACAAAACAGUGCGACUACCCAGAGUUUGUCGCGUGUGGUAAGCAUUUAGCCUUGUACUGGUAACAGUUGCUACUGUAUAUAAUAGCUACCGCUGCUGUAAAGAGAAAAGAGAGAAGAACUUAACUAAGUGUGUUUUUAUUAUCGUACGUUAUCGUUAUCGUUGCCGUUGUCGUAGUACUAGUAACCAGUCAAUUCAAACUCGAAAGUUCUUUUAAAACUUUUUGUCGCCCGCUUUGGUCGUUUUAGGUCCGUAUAAACCCAUGCAUAUUAUUCUUCCUGGCCACAUUAAGAUUUCCAUUUAAGCUAGCUAUCUUGAAUAGAGCUUUCCAUUGAUACGUCAUUUAGCAAAUUUGGACCAAUCCUGACAGAGUUACAAACAAAAAACAAGCAGCAUUUGGGGAAAAAAUACACCAACCAAUUUUACUUUUUACCUACUACUCUAUACAGAAUAAAUUUUUCAGCCAUUCCCACAAUCGCUGACAAAAUGAGUUGAGACACUUCGCCCUAAACUGGGCUCUUUUACCUCUUACUUACUUCAAAAGGAGGAAAUAUAUCUUUCCCUCCCCAUCGCCUCCAUGCAAUGUUGUGUUAAUGUUCUAGCUACCUAUAGAAUACAACAAACACCCCAACUUUGGACGGAGGGGACAGGGGAUGGGUGCGGAUUCUUUUGUUCUCUGAAGUUACCCUAUUUGAGUCAAAGUCUCGACAAUUGUAUUGCCGAUUUCAUGCUAACUGGCUGGAAAAAAACGGUUUAAAAUGAAGGAUUUGGUCCAAAAUGCGGUUUUAUCCCUUAAGAUUGGCUGAUGGCAAAGGGUUAAGUUUCUUAUAACGAACUCCUCCGCUAACGAUGAAGAGUCUGAUAAAACGCGUUUUCUGUCUAUUUGAACUAUAACUCUUUUUCACGUAUUUCUUCCCUAAUUUCAGAUAACUUCUGUGAUGGAAAACCCAAUGGCAAUUACGAAGAUCCUGAUACUUGCUAUGGAUUCAUCUCUUGCUCAAAUGGGAUUGCCUAUAAAAUGGCUUGCCCAGCAGGACUUCGUUAUAAUGUAAAGAAGGACCAAUGUGACUGGCCCCGCAACGUACCAUGUUGUAAGUCUUUUAAUUUAUUUUUCUUAUUUUUCUUUCAGUCAGUCAGCUUUAGGAUUUAGUCUUAGGUUAUCGAUCAUAUUUUUAAACUGUUGUAACGCUGUAAAAAAAUAAUAAUAAUAAUAAAAAUUUAAAAAAAGUACCAGUUGUUGCAAGCCAGAGUUCAAUGUAAGGUUAUCAUUUUACGUUUCUGGGAAACUGCCCACCUGCCUCCUCUCCCCUAAGCCAGCAUUGAUCGCAAAAGUCAAUGAUUGCCACACGUACGCGUUCCCUAAAUGCAGCUAGACUAAAAAAAAAUAAAACAAAGGACUUCUGUAAGCAGUCUAUCGUUCAAGAGGUUCAUGCGAAAGCUCUGUAACUGUGAUAACGACUGUGAACGUGACCGAAAUCAUUACAUUGCCUCACUUGCAGGAGCCCAUAACCCUGCACUUGGCAUUCCGGAUCUUUUUUAGGUUUCUGGGAAACUGCCCACCUACCCCUCCCCUAACUCAACGUUAUCAUUUGCGUCUCAUUUGGGGCAAAUUUUUGGGUUAGGGAAGGGGUACGUGGGCAGUUUCUGCGAAACCUAAAUUGGUCCGGCAUUCUCAUCUAGAGACAUGGACGUCAUUUAUUCUUUCUUUGUUUUUCUGUGUAGAUCCAAUUGAUGGCGGAUGGACCGCCUGGUCCUCGUGGUUCCCCUGCUCAGCCUCCUGCGGGGGAGGAAUCCAAAUCAGCAGCCGCUAUUGUACCAAGCCCUAUCCUGCCAGAGGUGGAAAACAUUGUGUCGGCCCAAGUGUGAAGAAGCAAAUUUGCAACCCACAGCAUUGCCCUUGUAAGUAUUGUGUGAUGGCUUUCUUAAUAUACAUGAUAUAUGUAUACCCAUCACUGACGUGAGAAUAACAACCAAAUUGUGGGGAACAAUUCGAAGCCCUGAAUCAUAUUUUUGUAAAAGUUUUGCAAUUGCUGCCUUCCGCAAAUGCCAAAGUUCGGCGAUAACUAAAUUCUUAAUCAAUUAAAAAAAAAAUCACUGCUGACAUCAAUCGCCAAUAGAACAGCGAAAAAAGGCGUAAUUAGACUUUUGACGUCAUACAGAUGUAGCUGCUUAGGGACCCAAAUGUUUUGGCCGUCAAGAUUAAAAAGACAGAAAUUUUCACAUUCUAUGCAAAGACAAGAUAGCCGUACUGAUGAUAGGCUAAAGAUUUUGGUGAUGUUAGAAUACAUCAGUUUUUUUUCGUAACGGCAAUGAUACUGCUGAUGUCGAUAGCAAUUUUGAUGAUAAUGGUAGUGAUGAUGAUGAUGAUGAUGAUGAGUUUUGCCUAUUCAGUACAACAAAAUGUUCUUUUCUUUGCAGUCACCUGCUGGGGAAAACCAAAUGGAAACUACAAGGAUCCUGGCAACUGCUAUGGUUAUAUAAGUUGCAGUAAUCAAAUUGCCUACUACAUGCCUUGUCCCGCUGGUCUUAAGUAUAAUGAAGUCCAUGAUAAGUGCGAUUGGCCCAAAAAUGUUAAUUGUUACUAGUUAAGCUUUCAGCAAAGAAGACGGCAAAUUUGCUUUUGGAAACAGUUGUUAGAAUAUGAAAUGGCGGCAUAGGGUCGAUCUUAGGAGGCGAAGCCAAAUCAAAGAAUUUCAAGAAAUCAAAUAUGAUAAUACUUUACUUUAGUGCCACCAUUUCAAAAAUAAUAAUAAUAAUAAUAAUAACAAUACUUACAAAAAAGACUAAUGAUAAUAACGUGGAGAGUAAAACCAAUUAAAUCAUUGAAUAUGAUAAGCUUCCUGCUUUUAAUUGGUGGUUUUAAAUAUUAUAUAAGUCUAAUUCUUAAUAAAAAAAAGUUAUAUCUACCUUUUAGAAAAAACAGCAAUUUCAAAGUUGCGUAGUUGAAAAAUUUUUCAGUGUGAGAGGGGUUUUAGAUCGUGUAAGACUGUUUCCCAGUGCGAGAAAUGUUACUGACCUUUGACAUCUCCAUCAUCUUUUAUAUGGAGGAAAUAAAAUUGAUUGAGUUAUCUCCCUAUCCCGAGUUUUGUUGUCGUUGUUGUUGUUGCUGUCUCUCUCUGUUUUUUAUUUUUAUUUUUUUUUUGUUUGUCAGAAAUUUUGUGUUUACAAGGAAGAGCCUCUCAUUAUUCAUGGUAUUGUCCGCAAGUUUCAUAUUUUCUUGCACAACAAUAGCUAGCACUUUUGCAUAUUUGAAAUGCAUUGUUAUUUACCGCUGUUGAUGUGAAAAUGAAACUUGGAGACAAUACCUUGAAUAAUGAGAGGCUUUCACUUUUAAUGACGAAACUUCCGAUAAAAAAUUAUCCAAUUGUAGCCCUUAUUUUAUUGCCUUACAAUAUAUCAAUAAUCUUGAAACUAAAAGUUCAUAUUAAAGGAAGGUUAAUCUCAAGAAUCUUAAAUUUUUAAAAAAAUCUAUGGAGCGGUUUAAACCUUAUUCCCUACGUACUUUGUUAAAGAAGACCAAAAUGUUUACAAAACCGCUAACAAGAGCGCUUCGAUACACUAAUCAAAUCCUUCUUUCUAGCAAUCGGCUGGAGCUAUCUCCAUGAUCUUUCACACUCGUUUUAAAAAGAUUGAAGCUACUAUGAGGUAAAAUUGCAUGUCAAAAACGCUUCGUUUUCUACAGAUAAUGGCCAAACUUUCUAGAUUGUCUAUUUUUUACUGUGUUUUUAGCCAUAAAAACCUCAUGCUAAAAUAUCUCGAUAAAGCUCUUACAGAUUUCCCUUAAAGCUGACGAAUAUCAAGGCCGCUGUUGGAGGAAAAAGCUCUCGUAAACGAUUUUGGAAGAACAGUUCCCAGCACCGAGAUAUACUGCUGCAAGUAAAAUAGGUAAUAGCGUCAUUUUGUUGCCAAUGACAACUCCGAUCUCGUUGCUGAACCUGACGAUAUCAUUUUUUUAUCUUUAUCUAAGACAACCGUGGUGAUAUAUAUAUUUCUUUUUUCAUACCUUUGUUUCUGGCGACGUAGAUUAUGCUCAAACUUGAGAGGUAUUGACCCUGCAAAACUGUAUCGAGCCACCUUAAAUGGAAAUAUUAUUCUUCUCCGUUACUUGUUUACUUAUUUACCACACAAUUCUACUAGAAAUAUAGUCUAUGCAUCGGCGUAAUAGAUUAUUUGAAAUAUCAAACAGCAACAUCUGUGAUUGCCGGUUUUUUUUUUUUUUUUUUUUCGAGACUACUCUUAUUCAGGCCCCGUCCGUACGUAGCCUGCGUAGCCUUGUGGUUUUGUCGAGCAAGGCGCACGAGCGGCGAAGCCGCGAAAUCCGCGCGCGGAAGGUGCGUUAACGAGGGGCAAGCCCUCCUUUAUUAUUACCUUACGCGCCCAACCAAAACUGCCAUUCUACGCAGACUAGUCCUCACGUAGCCGGAUAUUUUUGAAUCGGCAAUUUAUUUAUUUAUUUAUUUUUCUUUACGGAUCCAAAAAUUUCCACGUCUACACGUAUCCACACUAACUCUCAGUUCGUCAGCUAAUUUGUAAAGCGAUCUUCGGCUUGAGCGAAAAUUUUAUCGCCAUUCGUCUUCAAUAACUGUUUCUGACUGACAAAAUUGUCCCAGCAAGCAUUAUUUCGUUCGUUUAACUAGUUUACGGCGUCCAGUUCGUCCGUUCAUCAUGGAAAGAAGCUUCAAAAUGUCGAACCUGCGUUUGGCAUAAUUGAAGUGUACAGUAAUCAUAGCUAGGUUGCACACACGUUAUAAGUCUUGAAACUAAAGUCCAAGAAGUAAAGAAGCAAUAACAUUAUGCUCGGCGUCGUCUUGAAUAUUCAAGGUGAAGAACUGGGCUCGAUCUUGUGACGUCGGAUUUAGCGUCCACACAAUUCCGGAUCAUAGCGUAGUCAAAGAUUUCCACUCAGGAGAGCGAAUCCAAAAAGUUGCGGAUGCCUAUGCCGGAUUCACCAUGCAGAUACGUGUGGACGGAAGCCUAAUCUGCAGAGAAAAAGUUGCAGGAAUUCACGCGGAUCUAUUCUUGUGUUGUUGCAGACAAAAUUUUGCAAAGCAUCGCAUUUUGUGUCAAACUAAUUUGUUUCAUGAAAUUUAAGGAAGACUUUUGAAACUCGCGAACUUUUACACUCUCCAAAUAAGUGAGAGAAGAUAAAGUACAGUUGGGGCCCAGGCUUCAGGUAUAUGAAGGGGUAGAGAUUUCGUAGCUGAAGUACAGCGGAACCUCUAUUCAGGGACACCCUCGGAACCCAGGCAAGCGUCCCUGGGCUGGGGUAUGUUAAUAAUUAACCAACAAAUAAAAGGUUUUUCUCUUAUUCUACCUCGGAAUCUGCUGCAGUCAUAAUUUCAAGCAGCUAGAUAAUGUAUAAAAACAAGAGAGAAUAAUUUCUCUUGAUAAAAUUCAUGAUUAACUAAUAUCUCUGCGAUGUUGCGUGUGGAAUUCCCACAAGUACAGUACACCAGUUUAAGCGAGAUAGCUUAUGUUUUGAGCGUUGUCGCCAUCGUGACUAGUGUACACUUAAACUUGUCAACAAGUGGUUGGUCACUUUUUGAGUGCUAAGGUGUCCCUUGAAUGAAGGUUAAAUCCGGAUUUCGGGACCCAGAAAAAGUGUCCCUUUCCCCUCUGAAUAGAGGUGUACCUUUAAUAGAGGUAACAAAUAUAGAGAUUACUGCCACUUUCUUAAAGCCCUCCAUCUUUCACUUCAUUCUGUCACUUCAUUUCUGAGUUCCCAGCGCACCCCACCCCCCUCCCGCCACCAACUCGGGACCUGGGGCUAAGAAUAAGAGGCCGUUGAUAGCUAGCAAGAAGCGUGACUGACCAAACUAUUUUGGCAAGUAGUACAACAUGAUCGCCGAUAUUAUACAGGAUAUUUUUAAGUCGAUAUUGGAGCACAUUUAAUAGAGUUUUCCUUUAAUAAAGAUCAAUAAAAGGUAAAAUUUGGACAUAUGAAGAAAACAGGUUAUGUUGCGAGAAAGAAGAAACACUUUUAAAGAGUAGUGACCAUGGUUUUGCGUCUUUUACGCUGAAAAGCAAACGAAAAAUACGCAGACCGAGUCCGAUACAAUAAGGAGCUCUCGGAAGCUAUGCUACUCAUGAUUAUAGAUUUGCAUCUUUUUGCCAUCAGGCAGAAUUGUUAUCUCUUACGAAUGCACUUCCAAUGAAAGUAUUUAAUAGGCAAUAUUAUUUCUACUGUUUUAAAGGGCCUGAAUUCAACAUGUUUCCACCUCACCAACUUUGGUCGCUCGGAUUAGCCCCGGCCUUACCUUACCCCUUACACACAUCAGAAGCCUGUCGGUUAAUGUCACUUAAUUAAAAGGCCUAGCUGUGCGUCGAUCUCGGAAUUGUUGCUGUAGCCUUUUGAAAUCAAGAUGGUUCUCCCUUCAGCACUUGAUGACCACUUACAAAAAAAUUUAAUCAAGCAGGCCAUCUUACAGGAGUAAUUGAGACUAACUUCGAAUGAUAACUUUGAAAACUAGACACUUUGAUUUACGUACACCGAUUUUAUGAUCUGUGUUCAGCCAUUUGUUGUACCUGUACGUAGGUGACAGUUAAAGAGUGUUUGAUUUAAUAGAUGCAAAAAUGUUUGUGAGUCCUUUAAACGUUUACUGUUAUUAUGAACGUGAUCCGGAAAUAUUGCAGAUAUUGUUCGAAUUGACCAGCUUAGGUGAUUGAAACGUGCUGUAUGAUCCGUUCGAAUUCUGUAACCACGCCUUCCUAACCAGGAUAAAAAAGGCUCAGUACACAUUACUAAUCAGUGAUCUACAGAGACACCACUCGAGAAGGUUGCCGUGUAGCUUCGCGUAGCCCUUUGAGGUAAAGUAUUCCAAUUGAGUUUUCUCGCUUUUGACUUUGAAUUCAAGGCUGCAGAUUUCUGGGAAAAGCAAGAUUUGAUGGUUAAAAGCUGAAACGAAAUGCACUUCCACAAACAAGUCCCGCGACCUAAGCCGUAAGCCGUGAACUCGUUUGCGAAGCGAACGCACUGACAUUAAUGUUCUUUUAUCUCGAUUUUGAGCUUUUAUUUUGAAGCUACUGGUUCCCGUCUCUGCAGGCCGCUAUGAUCCAUGCGCGAUCCGCGCGCUGCAGUUGCGACAAAAACUAAUUAUAAACCUUCGCUACGCGAGGAAUAAAUAAAGUCAAAUGGUACUUAGGCCCCGUCCACAAGUAUCCGGAUAUUUUUUAAUCUGCAACUUUUUCUUGGCGGAUACGGCUUCCAUCCACGUACACGCAUCUAUACGAAUGUAGGCUUUCUGUACUCGGCGUUCUGCAUUCAGAUUUCUGAAUCGGCUGAUUGGAUGAGUAUUGUACAUCAAUUUCUCUCAGAUAUUCGUAUCACACCUUCUUCAAAUACUCUUAGUGUGAGACCGCAAUUAAGUUCACAGUUUAACAAACACAAACGCAAAAAAUGAAAACAACUUACCUACUCAAAAAAAUCCCUCAGGGAUUCAUUCGUCUUUCGUUGUGGUAAUUGAGAUGUGGAAAAACAAAUGAACAGACUUCUUUGGGCGUUAAUACAGAGGACUGCACAAUUCUUACCAAAGCCUUGUACAUAUCAAUCGUCCCAAAUACCGCCUCCGGAUUGGCUAAGAAUGUUGGCACCAAAUUGGCUCUAAUCGGCUCACAAGUGAUAGUUCCGGCCUUGUGACUGGCCCAAACCAAAGUCUCCAGGAAAUAUACACCUUACAUUACACUUUUACACCUUACAUUACACUUUUGUAGCGCGCACGAGAACCUUUCAUCUUACAGCGCGGCACUAUGAUGCUGCCACCUGGCAACCGGAGCGUCUUCGCUCCUAUUGCUCGUUGGCAAUAAUGUUGUAUACUUCUUUUUCUUUCAGUUUUGUGGAAAAUCAUUUUGUCGUCAAAAUAGACUGGAAGAUGAUUCCGUUAUUUCUGGUGCUUCUUAAUCUUUUGGCUGUUGACCAUGCAACAAGUAAGUUCAAAAGAUGCAAUGUUUAAUUAACGAAUUGGAGUUUUAUGACGUUCAAAGCACGAGGUGCGGGCGAAUAUUUUUGUAAGCGUGACUAAAAACACGAUUGAAUGAUUGUGAAACAUUUACAUAACAAGACUUACUAGUGCUUGAGGUCGGGCUUCUUUUUGUUUAGAUUCAUGGAGCGGGAAAAUGUGCAUUUGAUGCACAAUAGGCAUUUAUUAUACUACAGCCUACGGGCCUGUUUACAUGAAGGUGGGGGGCCUCAGGUAGGUGAGGUAACAUGUGGCGGGUUACCUCACCUAACAUGUAAACGUGAUCACACUAAAAUGAGAGAUUAUAUGGACAGGCGGGUUACCUCACCUAUCUGGGGUACCCCACCUCCAUAUAAACAGGCCCUACGUUGACUUUGAUGAUGUUUAUUCCGUGAUUCAAAGUGUUCAACUGUUCCAGAUUUGUCAGAUUCUGUGUUUCAUAGUCGUAUUUUGCUUUUCUAGGCCUCGCAGCGGCAGUGAUAUAGGUUGGAUUCUCUUACUCAUCCAUUAGAAACGCUUUUCUGAGUAGUUCUCGAACAGUGCUGUCGGCAAAAUAUAAACUGAAAGCGCUGUUUUUUUAUUGUUGUUGUUGUUGUUGUUGUUCUAUGGUGCGUUGCGAGAGUUUAUUUGACAUGACAGCCUGUCAAGCCCUAGUCCAAUCACAGUUUCAGUAAAAAAAGAUUCAACCAAUCAAUGAGCUUGUUUGCGUCAUUUGUACGCGCGCUCACAUCUUUUGUUUGUUUGUUUUUGUUUGUUGUUGUUGUUGUUUUUUUUUUUUUCUCCCAACAUGUUAGAGAUAUAAAAAAGUAAUCAGAGGAUUAUAAAAUAAAUAAACUCCUUUAGGAAUUGGUGGUAUAUCGGAGGAUAUUACCCUUAGCUGAAUGAUAAUGAUACACGACAUUUUUAUAUCCUUUUAGUGGAAAAUUGCUUUAUACCAUCGUUGCUAAACUUUACAGUCAAAUGAUUAGCUUUCUCUAACAAAUCACAAUGAUCGAAUACUGAAAUGUCAAAGGUUUCCGUCAAUGCAUUAGUUUUCGGACACGAUAUGAAAGACUUGACAAGAUAUGCCGAUAUAGUGAUUGCAAUGAUAAGAAUAAAACAAUUGAAAUGUAAAAUAGUCCCAGGCCUGCAAACAAGAAUACAAGAGCGUCUAGCGAUAUGAAAUGCUUGACCAAACAUGCGAUUAAAGUACAUGUAAUUGCAGUUAAGCUCAUAAUUUAACUAUUGAAGAAUAAAAUAGUCCCGGUAAUAAUACAAAAGCAACAAUUGAAAACAAAAUAACUAAGCUUACGCAAUUUAUUAUCACUGAAGUAGUUGUUGCCUUAUGUGAGACUAAUUGUGUCCUCUUCGCUUCCAACUUACUUACUUACUUACUUACUUACUUAUAUUUAAAUCCUCGUAGUCUUACAACUGUACACUGGGAUGCUAGUCUCCUGUGUUGAUAAUAAUUUCGAUUUCUGGCUACUUCUGUUUCAGAACACGUCAUUUGCAGUGAACAAAUAACCCAUCAGAAAAUUUGCAGUCAAUAGAUAACUCAAUUGAUAUGCAGUGAUUCUCAAUAAGUUCACUCAUAAUGGUUAGCUCGUAAAUUGAUCUCUGGCAAAGUUCGCGGACCGACUCGUUCCAAACUGAAUGCUCGACAUUUUUUAGAGUAGGUCUACCGCAAACGGCGUUUGGGUUUGUAAGUGGAAUGAGCGUAUUAGACGUGGCUGUAUUCAUGCUUACUUCUCUGCUGUGCACAGGCAAACUUUUAAUUUUUCACCAGCGAGACCUUCGUUAAAAACUAAACUCCUUUGUUCUCCGAGGAGAGAAGCGUGCACUACCGCGUAUGGAUAGCCAAAACGGACCGCAAAUGAUCCACGACUUGGACUCAGGUUACUUGGUCAUGUUGUGUCAGGUUUAUGAUUAUAGCACAAAGUAUUGAACUGCAUAAAUUUUGCUUCACAAAUAGAUUUUUUAGAGACAAAAUAUCCACUCGAUAAAUGCGUUGCUCAAGUACUCAGCAUCAUUCACUAUCGAAGCUUUUCACGGGAUCAUUUCAACCUAGUCCCCAGGGAAAAGCGCCCUGUGGACGAGGUUGGGGAUCAGUUCUGGUUGAAAUUCAGGAACGGAUCCAGGGAAUUCAGAAAGGGGUGGCCGGGACACUCAUUUGUCAUCUAUAAAGAUACUUUUCAUUGUUCUGACAAUUCCAUAACAACAAAACGAAAUUUCAAAGGAAAAUGGGUGGCCACGGCUCCCUUGACCCUCGAUCUUCUCAAUCGAUCUCAAAAAGAUGCAUGAGACAUACCCGCUUAAUGCAAACACUUCAUUAUUGCGGACAGUUUGCUUUGCCCCUGGGUAAAGAAAUCCGACCCUUAAAUUUCUCCAAAUUCAAUCCGCUUAAAUAAAUACAGACACCUCGUUAAUACGGACACCUUUUAUGGCCCCCCAAGUGUCGGUGUUAAUGGUAUUUGACUGUUCAUUUUCAUUGUUUUGAUAAACUGAUAUUUUCUGAUGCAGGUAAACAUGUUGGAAAGUAUACUUACUAUUUUUGUCGUGGAAAACCCAAUGGCAAUUACAGAGAUCCUGAUACCUGUUAUGGUUACAUCGCAUGCUCCAAUGGGAUUACAUAUAAAAUGCCUUGUCCAGCAGGCCUGAUGUACAAUGCGAAAAAAGAUCAAUGUGACUACCCCAAAAACGUGCAUUGUCGUAAGUAUUAAGCAUCCAUGUACAUAAUUAUAAAGUAUACAUUGCAUAUAUACAUGUACAUGUAUACCAUUUCAAAAGAGCAUCCUCGGCAAUAGUAACAUACCAUGACAGCAGAAAAAGAUGUGGCUUUUAUUAAAGAAUAUCUUCUAGGAAAUAACACAGUGAUAAACAACGGUCGAAAAGUAAUCAACAGACAUAGUGAACGGGAAUUAACAACUUACAUUAAUUUGGCUGAAUAAGGCGCCUAAACCAGUGCUCCCGCCCCUUCCCUCCCCCCAGUAUAAGUUUCGAAGAGAACUUUAAUAUUCAUUCAAUUUUAUUUUACCAUUUGAUUUUGGAUUUCAUUCCAGUGUAUUUGUACUUAAUAUGUAAGAAUAAGGGCCUUGAGAUAUGAUAGUCGGGCAUGUUUUUCGAACCAAUAGGCCUGAAAAGCUCGCUCCGCUCGCUUAGAAACUCGUAAGGACGACAGGUGGCUAGUCUACUCACUACGCCGCAGGCUUGCUUUCCAAGCUUUGCUAUGAAAACAUAGAAUAUUCUAAAGACUGUACUGAUGAAUCAACUUAUUCCUCUUGUAGCAUGGCCAUGGGUAAACAUUUGUCAUGGUAAACCUGAUGGACACUACAAAGAUCCUGACAAUUGUUAUGGUUACAUCGCAUGCGUAAAAGGGAUCGCACAGAAAUUUUUUUGCCCUUAUUCCCUACGUUUCGACCCAAAGACGCAAAGGUGCUACUACCCAGACUUCGUCACGUGCGGUAAGCAACCUACUACUGGUAACAGUUGCUACUGUAUAUCAUAGCUGCCGCCGCUGUGAAGAGAAAACAGAAAAGAGCUUAACUAAGUUGUUAUUAUCCUUAUUAUACUGACAAGUUAAUUAAAACUCGAAAGUUCUUUUUAAACUCUUUCUCGUCCUCUUUAGUAGUUUUAGGUCCAUAUAGACCCAUGCAUAUUAUUCUUCCUGGUCACAUUAAGAUUUCCAUUUAAGCUAGCUAUCGUGCAUAGAGCUUUCCAUUGUUACCUCCUUUAACAAAUUUUGACCAAUCCUAAGUUACAGAGUUAAACAUUUUUUGGUGAAAAAAUCCACCCAACCGGACCAAUUUGUGCUUUUUACCUACGACUCUUUACAUAUUAAAUUCCUCUCUUUGUUUGAAAGAAAACCAGUCAAAAUUUCAUGCGAAAGAAAGUGGGCAACAAACCUGCCUAUAAAGUAAAGGGCAAAGGGAAAAAGAAGAGAGCGAGAAAAAAGAAUCGAAUUUGAUUCCCCAAAUCAAACGUCCAAAUUUGGCUUAUGCGCAUGCGCGAAAAACAAAAAAGCUGUAUAAUUACAUCCAAUUAGCGCAGAAUUUUGUCUUGAGUGUUGGCAAUCUCUUUUUAAGCCAUUCCCGUGCUAGCUGGCUGAAGAACGGUUCAAAACGGGGGAUUUGGUCCAAAAUGCGGUUUUAUUCCCAAAAAUUUUGCUGACUGCAAAGGGUUAUGUUUCUUGUAACGAACUCCUCCGCUACCGAUGAAGUGUCUGGAGAACGCGUUUACUGUCUAUUUGAACUAUAACUCUUUUUCACGUAUUUCUUUCCUAAUGUCAGAUAAUUUCUGUGAUGGAAAACGCAAUGGCAAUUACGAAGAUCCCGAUACUUGUUAUGGAUUCAUCUCCUGCUCAAAUGGGAUUGCCUACAAAAUGGCUUGCCCAGCAGGACUUCGUUAUAAUGCAAAGAAGGACCAGUGCGACUGGCCCAAAAACGUACCAUGUUGUAAGUCUUUUAAUUUAUUUUUAUUAUUGUUUAUUUAGUCAGUGUCAAUUAACUUGCGAGGCUGCAUGCUGAGUGACGGACUGCAGACACGAGCUUUAGGAUUUAGUCGUAGGUUAUUGGUCAUAUCUCUAGACUGUUUCAACACUGUAAAAAAGUCAAUUAAAAAAAAAAAAAGUGCAAAAAAAGGUACCAGUUUAAUGUAAGGUUAUCCAAGUCAGUCUUGGAUUCUGGAUUCCGCCUUCCGGAUUCCGUCCUCCCUGUCUGUACAAAUUUGGAUUCCGGAUUACAAUCGUAAGGAGGAUUCUGCAUUUGGUUCCUUGAUCUCAAUUCUGGAUUGUCCAAAUCCAGGAUUCCGGAUUUCACGAACCAAACAUUUGCCGGAUAACCUUACAUAGGGCAAAACUGG